AGACCCUAAGAUGGCGAACACUCUCUACCACUGUUGUACAUAGACCGUCGUUUCCGUAAUUUCACGUUGAUUUUCAGCGCGGAUAGGUCGCUCAUGUUCGCGUAAAUAUCAAGUAAUCUCAGUCAGUUGUUGUACGUUAUUACUGCCGAGAUCAGGAUCGAGAGAAGUAGUGGAAAAUGUCGAGUUGUACCGAUGUAUUGGUGUUAGUGCCAGCCACCUACACAAGCGUCAAUGUUACAGUGGUUGUCGUUUGUGCUAUAUUCGGUUUUCUACUUGGAAUCAUAAUUGCGAUUCUGCUAGCAAGAUGCAUCCUGCGAGAUUUGGCAAGAAGUCGGGUACAGGAAGAAGAAAAGGCUAUGUUAUUGGAAAAUAUGGCAUAUGAAAGAAGGUCUUCAACUGGAAGUUUUGUUAAGCGACCGCUGAGUGAUCAUGGUGUCAUGACAUCAGAUGAUGAAUCGCCACGGCGACAAAGAAGAAGCCGACCUAAUAGCGCAUAUAGCUCUGAUGGAGAAGGUUAUUCCAUGGAAAGGUAUGAUGAAGAUGACUAUGAUCAGCGUGGAGUUGGAGUAAUAUCUGCAUUAACAAAGCAAACUAGUGAUAAAACUGAACUUGAACUAAACUUGCAAGAUAUUAAUGCUUUGAAAGAGCUAGAACAUGAAAUGCAUGACCAGAAAAUUAUGACCUUCCUUCAAGUUUUGUCCAUCAUCUUGAAUCGCUGUGUUGCUAGGGGAAAAAUUGAUGCAGAUCAAGGGAGUGAAUUGAUGGAGAAAUAUGAGAAGGAACUCGAAACAGAAGAAAAAAAGAUUCAGAUGGAAGAAAAGAUGGCUAUAGAUGAGUUGAGGCAAGAUCCAAAACUGAAUAAAGAUCCGCUAGCAUUAGAAGAAGCAAUGGAGAAACUGAGACCAAAUUACAUCAGGAGAAUGGACUCUGUGACCAAAAGAAUUCAAAUGAACAUAGCAGAAGAUUUGGCGCAAAACACUGAACUGACUUCAGAUGAGAUUGAAGCCAUCAUGCAGAAGUUAACUGAAAAUAUGUCUGCUUUAGACCGACAUCUAGGAGAGGAAUCUGCCAGACAAGCCAUGAUCCUACAAGAAAGACUUGCUAAGCGACAAGCAAUGGCUGAGAAAUGGAAACAGAGCGGUGAACAGGAACGAGACAGUAAUCAAAUGCGAGUGGAAGACCACCACAGGGGGAUGGACAAAUUAAUUGAAGAUAGACUAUUAGUUGAAGCACAGAGAGACAAUAUAAUGAAGCAAUACACGGCUGACACCGCACGCUUGCAAGGAAACCAUGAGGCUGAGGUUUUACGGCAGAGUCGUCACUUAGCUGAGAAACUAACCCAACACCGAGAGAAACGAAUGAAGAGGCUAGAAUUGAAACAACAAGAACAAAAAGAAACACUUAUCAACAAAGCUAGCAAAGUAGUGGAUCCAAAAGAUUUUGUGGAGGCUUAUCAUGGAUUGAUGCAGCAACAACGAGAAGAAAGAAAUCAAUUUAUUGAAGAGUUGGAUCAUAAAGAAUCAGAAGAGUUGGAGAACAUGAGGAAACAACUGCAAGCACAAAGAAGUGAAGAAAUGGAAAAACAAGAAGAAUCUUUUUGUGAAAUAUUGGCGCAAAGAGCCAGACUGUCUGAAAAGGAAACUGAUAAAAUUAUGAGGAAACAUGAGGCUAACAUGAAGGCACAUGACGAAAAAAUGAUUAAAGAAAAAAAGCGACAGAGAUCCAAAUUACAAGAACAGAUUGCUGAGAAGAAACAAAAAUGGGAAGAGGAUAUAAAGCGUUUACAGUCUGAGAACAAGGUCUUGAUAGAACAACAGGAAGCCGCUGUGCAGAAAGUAUUGAAAACACAGGGAGGGCUGGAUGAGGAUGCACGACGUGUAAUUAUGCUGAAUCACGAACAGAACGUUCAGACAUUGACCAAUCAGCUACAGAUGACCAAGAUAAGGCAACAAAAAAUUUUGGAAGCAAAACUCAACCAGAGAAAAGCAUAUGUAGAAGCCCUGCGAAAGAAACAAGAAGAAGAGUUAAACGCCAAAGCUGAUGCCAGCGAAGAAGAAAUUAGGAAAUUAGAGAAGAAACAGGAAAAAGAAUUGGAAGCCGAACUCCAAGCCUUGGAGGAGGAGAAAAACAAAGCUCUGAUUCAGCUCCGUAGACAGCUGACUCAGGAGACUGAAGAGGCUUUGAAAGCGCAAGACGAGGAGAUGAGCUUGCUGAUUGGUAAACUAACAAUGGGGCAAGCAAGAAGAAAAGGAAUUAUUGCUAAACAGGAUAAGGCUAUCAAAGAAUUACAGGAACAACUUACUGAGACAGUAGCGAAAGAAGACGAUGAUGCCACAGCCCGGAAAACUGAAAAGAUCUUGGACAGGCAUCUACAACAAGUUGAAGAUUUGCAAGAUAAGAUGCAAAGUGAGAGAGAAAACCAGAUGAGAAUGCUGAAGGAAAAAUAUGAAGCUAAAAAACUGAAAAGAGAAAGAGAUGUUAAGGAUUCGAUCGCUGUAGAUGUCCAGGCUACUCCAGAACUGAAAAAGAAGAAAGGAGCAUCUGCUGCUGCUGUAAUGAACAAGCUACUAAUGGAACAACGACACAAACAGGCAUUGUCCGAACUUGAGAAAGAUCUGAAACUGGAAAUGACAAAACAGAAGGAGGAACUAGACAUGAUUUUAGAGACACAGAUGAAGGAAGAGCUUGAGGUAACAACUUACGAAUGA